GAAGCGGAAACCGCGGGGAGAGGGCUGGCGGAAGGCCUUGGGGAGCACCACCGCCAGCAACACUACUGCUACCACUAGCGGCGGCUGCAGCAGCACCAGCACCAGCACCAGCGGCGGCUCAAGAUGUCUAUCGAAAUCGAGUCCUCCGACGUGAUCCGGCUCAUCAUGCAGUACCUGAAGGAGAACAGCCUCCACCGGGCGCUUGCCACCCUUCAGGAGGAGACCACCGUGUCCCUCAACACCGUGGACAGCAUUGAGAGUUUUGUGGCAGACAUCAACAGCGGGCACUGGGACACGGUGCUGCAGGCCAUWCAGUCUCUGAAGCUGCCCGACAAGACCCUUAUUGAUCUCUACGAGCAGGUUGUGCUGGAGUUGAUUGAGCUCCGGGAACUGGGUGCUGCCAGGUCUCUGCUGAGACAAACAGAUCCCAUGAUCAUGCUGAAACAAACUCAGCCAGAGCGCUACAUUCACCUCGAAAACCUUCUUGCCAGAUCUUACUUUGAUCCUCGUGAGGCAUACCCAGAUGGGAGUAGCAAAGAGAAGCGGAGAGCUGCUAUUGCACAAGCUUUGGCUGGAGAAGUCAGUGUGGUACCUCCAUCUCGUCUUAUGGCRUUGUUGGGGCAGGCUCUGAAAUGGCAGCAGCACCAGGGCCUGCUUCCUCCUGGUAUGACAAUUGACUUGUUCAGAGGCAAAGCAGCUGUGAAAGAUGUAGAAGAAGAAAAGUUUCCCACACAGCUGAGCAGGCAUAUUAAGUUUGGGCAGAAGUCGCAUGUGGAGUGUGCUCGGUUUUCUCCAGAUGGACAAUAUCUGGUUACUGGCUCUGUUGAUGGCUUCAUUGAAGUAUGGAACUUCACUACUGGAAAGAUUAGGAAGGAUCUGAAGUAUCAGGCACAAGAUAACUUCAUGAUGAUGGAUGAUGCAGUGCUGUGCAUGUGCUUCAGUAGAGAUACAGAAAUGCUAGCAACUGGAGCCCAAGAUGGGAAAAUCAAGGUGUGGAAAAUCCAGAGUGGUCAAUGUCUCAGAAGAUUUGAACGAGCACACAGCAAAGGUGUUACAUGCCUCAGUUUCUCUAAAGACAGCAGCCAAAUUCUUAGUGCUUCUUUUGAUCAGACAAUCAGGAUUCAUGGUUUAAAAUCUGGGAAAACCCUGAAGGAAUUCCGUGGUCAUUCUUCCUUUGUCAAUGAAGCUACUUUCACCCAGGAUGGCCACUACAUUAUCAGUGCAUCCUCUGAUGGCACAGUGAAGGUUUGGAAUGUGAAGACAACAGAGUGCUCCAACACCUUCAAGUCCCUUGGUAGCACUGCUGGGACAGACAUUACUGUGAACAGUGUCAUUCUGCUGCCUAAAAACCCUGAACACUUUGUUGUUUGCAACAGAUCGAAUACAGUUGUCAUCAUGAAUAUGCAAGGACAGAUUGUAAGAAGUUUCAGCUCUGGUAAGAGAGAAGGUGGUGACUUUGUCUGCUGUGCACUUUCACCUCGUGGUGAAUGGAUCUAUUGUGUUGGUGAAGAUUUUGUGCUGUACUGUUUCAGCACAGUGACCGGCAAGCUGGAGAGAACUCUGACUGUCCAUGAAAAAGAUGUCAUUGGCAUUGCUCAUCACCCCCACCAGAACCUGAUUGCCACUUACAGUGAAGACGGCCUGCUCAAGCUCUGGAAGCCAUAGAUUUGUUUUGCAGUGAGCUCUGAAGCGUGCCUGUUACUUGCAGGUUACUAGUGUUUGUGCUUUAACAAGGUCUAGAUAUACUGAGUGUGAUACUUGCUCAAUUUUCAGUUCAGAUUUCCAGAGAAUUACAUUUUUACUUACCUAAAGUAGAUUGAUGCAUAAAUACAGCAUCAGUUAAUUUCAUAUACUUUAAUUUUUACUAGAGUAGUUGAAGCAACUUCAGUGAGAGUGUUUUCUGUCUUCUGAAGUCUGUACUCUUCCUAAGAUGUUUGUAAAAGUUUAAUGAGCCAGCAGCUUAAGAGUGGUUGCUGACUUCUUCAAAUAUUUCCUCAAAAAACAUAUGUUUUUUUGGUUGUUUUUAUUUUUUAAAGUGAAAUGUGGAAUGGGAAAGCUGUCUCUUCCCCACUGCUGAAACAGCCUUAUUUCCCUGGAAUGCAGAUGAGGAUGCUAUAUCCUCAUCUUGAAGAUGGGGUAGUUUCUGGGCUAUUGGGUUUUGCUGUGUUCAAUUUUCACUAUCAUUUUUUCAAUUGUAUUGGAAAGUAGUUCACACAGCUGCCUCAGAACGAAACUGUCCUUCCCCAUCUGCCAGCACUUCCUGCGAUAGACUGUACCCCUGCCUAAUGUGGCAGUGAGAUACAGUUGCUUUUGUUUGGGGAUUUUUUUGGGUUUUUUUUUUUUUUUNUUUUUUUUGCUUUGCUUUCAGACUAAAAGGAGAUAUUACCGGGGCCCUCUUCUUGUAAGUGCAAAAUGUCUUCAGCCCAGCUGUGGCUGAAACAGGCUCCAGGGGAUCAAUAUUUUAAAACAUGCGAAAGUUGGUUUACAUAGGCUGAGUUCCUAGUGCUGUGAUAAUGCUUUAAAUAAUGAUUUUUAAGAUUUUUUUUUUUAAUUUCAUAUGCCUGUGGACCUAGUUAAAGUUAUGCUUAGGUCCCACCAGAUGAUAAAAAGAUACUCUCAGGCUCUUUAGUUUGGAGCGCAUUAUGAUGAAAGAUUCUGACUAAUGUACACUGUUCUGAAUGUACACCAGAAUCUUCUAAAGUCUGACCAUGUGUUUUCUAGAAUGCAGAAAAAUGAGACUUUUCCUGUAGUGAUGAGUCAAAUGCAUGUAGAUUUGAAUCUGCUGCACUGUGUCCUGUCCUCAUCUCCUGUAAAAUGCUUUCCUACUGCAGUGAUCUUUCAAACAGUUAUAACUUGUCUUUGACUCAAUAAAUUAGU